GCCUCCCUGCCUUCCCCUCCCCUCUCUGACCGCAUUCCCCCACUGCAGCCACAGUCGCCUGCUCUCUGCAGUCUGCCGCCCUCGCCCAGCACCAUGGCCAGCACCGUGUCUGCCUACAAGGAGAAGAUGAAGGAACUGUCCGUUCUGUCACUCAUCUGCUCUUGCUUGUACUCACAGCCGCACCCCACCACCAUCUACCAAUAUGGGGACAUGGAGGUAAAACAGCUGGACAAGAGGGCCUCUGGCCAGAGCUUCGAGGUCAUUCUCAAGUCCCCCUUCAGACCUGUCCCCCUGAGAGGCCCCGUGCUCUCCUCGCCCCCCAAGAGGAAGGACCCCUCUCUGGAGGAGCUGCAGAAGCGGUUGGAUGCGGCCGAGGAGAGGAGAAAGGUGACAGGCCCAAGGGAGGCGCAGGUGCUGAAGCAGCUGGCGGAGCGGCGCGAGCACGAGCGCGAGGUGCUGCACAAGGCGCUGGAGGACAACAACAACUUCAGCCGCCUGGCCGAGGAGAAGCUCAACUACAAGAUGGAGCUCAGCAAGGAGAUCCGCGAGGCGCACCUGGCGGCGCUCCGAGAGCGGCUGCGCGAGAAGGAGCUGCACGCUGCCGAGGUACGCAGGAACAAGGAGCAGCGGGAGGAGAUGUCUGGCUAAGGGACUUUCUUCGGGCGGCGCCUGGAUCCUGAGCAGAAACAACACACUCGGGAUUUUUGUUUUUGUUUGACUUUGUCUAGAUGCAACUCUCAUCCCUUCUCCCCCCUCCUGUCCUGCAACCCCCCAGCUUUCCGCUUUCCGCACACAGAGCUGUCUGGUGCUCAUGGCUGACCAGGUUCCCUGGUCAGGAGCCCACCGGGCACAGACCACGAUCCCUCCUUCCUGGCACUGGCUGGGUCCCCUUCGGCAGCCCUGUUCGUAGAUGUUGGUGGCACUCUCAAUAAAUCUAGCAGUGGUGGAGCA